AACGGCGCGCCGCGGCGCGCCGCUGGUGCGGCACCGGCGUAGCACCGGCGCGGCCUUCGGUGAUAUUAUUCUUAAUAUAACUUAAAAACAAAAAUAAAUAAAUCAUACAAAUGGCCAAAUACUCGAUAUAAAUAAUCGAUUAAUCGUUAGGAUUGUCUCAUCUCCCAUCUCCCUAUGUCCCAUCUCUAGAACAGCUAUUUGGUGUGGUUUACUUUCUAAAGCUGUGUUUUUUGUGCGUAAAUAUGCAAAAUGGAUCAGCCAUUGAGUAUGUACUCAAUUAAACACAACCAUUACUCAAAUCGAAAGAGCAAAGUGUGGGAGUUUUUCGGCGCAUUGCAAUUAGAGAACAACUGCAUUGAAGUGGACAAGGUGUUCUGCCGAUUAUGUUUGGAUGUUCAGAAAAAAAGACGACGAAAGAACAAUCUUUUCAUGUGCUAAAAUUCAGUCGUAUUCCACGAACUGUUCCACAGGGAAUUUAAGUCGACACCUCAAAAAUGAACACAACAUUCGAGAUAUCGACAGUCCGAGUACUUCAUUGGCUACACGUGGAUCAAUAUCAAAUUUUUUCAAAAAAUCGACGCCAAUUAUAUCUCCAAAAGAUAGUAAGUGGGCGCUGGGACGAGAGCUAGCUUUGUGGAUGGCUAGAGAUUUGCUACCAUUUCAUAUAAUUUGUCACAGUGGACUUAAAGACUUUUUAAAAAAAUAUAGAGUUGUGGCAACUGAUGCUGACAUUCCACACUACAAAACGCUGUCAACAACUGCACUAGACGAUGUGUAUGAAUGCAUUUUACGAGCAGUUACACGGAUAGUAUCUGGACAAAAACAUUUUGCCUUAACUUUCGACUUGUGGACAGAUAACUAUAGAAGAAGAAGUUAUAUAACGUUCACCUUCCAUUUUCUGUCAGCGAAUUUUGAGAUGAAGCAUUUAACGCUGGAAACAAAAUAUUUGUCAAAAUCGCACACGGCAAGUAACAUUUUAACAGAGGUGGAAGAAGUUACUCAAAUGUAUAAUUUGCAAAUGGGAUCUAAUUAUGUCGUAACCGACCAAGGCAGCAAUAUCAAAAAAGCUAUUAAUUUGGGGUGUAUAAAAAACCACUUCUGCCUUGGACAUGGACUACAUAAUUUGCUAAAUGUUGAUGGUUACAAUUCAGAGCCGGAAAUUAAAAAUUUGAUUGUGAAGUGCAAAAAUAUUGUGAGUGCCUUACGAUUCAAGACACAUGUUUUGAGAUGUCAAGCUGACGAACUUCAAAAGGAAGUUUUGUCAAAUAUCGACAAUUUAGAAGAACUGCUGGCAUCCGAAGAUAAUGAAUGGGUCGACUACGAUGAUGAUUUUGGCCCGUUAGAUGAUGUUCCCUUGCAAACUUACAAGAAUAUUAACAACCCUAAUGACUUACAAAGUAGUUUGGUGGACAAGAGAAAUGUUUCACUUAAGAACUCGGUCCCAACAAGGUGGCACAGCGUGUUAACAAUGUUAGACAGUCUUGGGUGCCAAAGAGCCGCAUUAAAUAAGUUGCUCACAAGCAGCAAUAAGACUCAUUUAAUAUUAUUAGAAAAUGAAGCACAGCUUUUAUAUAAAUUAUGCGACUUCUUAAAAAAAUUUAAAGAUGCAGUUACCGUUUUGUCUGGAGAUUUGUAUCCAUCAAUAAGUCUUGCGUUAGUGAUAAGAACUGAAAUCGUCUCAAUAUUGGAAGAACCUGAGAACAAUGAGCCGCUUGCUUUGACUCUCAUGAAAAGCCAUAUAAAAAAUAGAUUUGAUUCAAGGUUCCCGAUAUCGGAUAUACUAGUCUGCGCAUCCCUAUUAGAUCCGCGAUUCAACUCACUUGAUUGUGUGUUGGAGUAUUGCGAGAAACAAAGUUUAAAAAGAAACGAUUUUUUGUUAAAAAUGUUUAAAGAGCUGAUUGGAGAUGUUGAACAAGAUAGCGAUCAGCAGCAAGAGUCUCAUUCUGCAAGCAAAAUCUUAAAGCUUGCUCAACGGCAUUCGACCAAUACCAAAGAUAACAAUUUGGAAGCUGAAUGCCAUCUACUCCUAAGCUUAUCUUCAUGUCAAGACGUAUUGACAUUUUGGAAGGAAAAGGCACCUGCAAUGCCCUUACUUUCGAUGCUGGCACAAAAAGUGUUGUGUAUUCCUGCAACGAGCACUCCAAGUGAGCGAGUUUUUUCUAUUGCUGGUCUUACAAUUACGCAGAAACGGUCGCAGCUCAGUCCUCACAACGUAAAUAAAGUAAUUUUUAUACAUGACAAUUACGACACUUGCAAAGAAAGUUUAACUUAAAUUUACAAAUUGAAGAGAUAAAAAUGAACUGAAUUGAAAACUGAACAUUAAUUAUGUGAAUUAUGAAUGAAACUUAUUCAAGUCAAGGAAAAAGACUGCUAUUUUUAUGUUUAUUUUUAUUUGUUACUUAAUUUUUAUUUAUUUUCAUUUCAUUUACCCAAUUAAUUUACUCACUUAUGUUCAUUUUAUUGUUAUUGUUAAUAAAGGCGUUAUAAACUGAUAUAAUACAA